CGGAUUUCAGACAGAAACGCACAGCAGAGCAACCCACGGCACCUUUACGCACCAAAAGGCUGUAUAUCCAUAUAUCCAUAUACAUAUAUAUUUUUUACGCACUCGCACUUAGUCCACGAACCAGGCUACAACCAUGAUUAAGAAAAUGUCGCCCUCCGAGAGCGACUAUGACAUCCCAGCGAAGAACUGCUACAGGAUGGUGAUUUUGGGAUCCACCAAAGUCGGGAAAACGGCGAUCGUGUCCCGGUUCCUCAACGGGAGGUUCGAAGACCAGUACACGCCGACCAUCGAGGACUUUCACAGGAAACUGUACAGCAUCAAGGGAGACGUUUACCAGCUAGACAUACUGGAUACAUCAGGGAACCACCCGUUCCCCGCCAUGAGGAGACUGUCCAUACUGACAGGUGACGUGUUCAUCCUCGUCUUCAGUCUGGACAACCGCGACUCUUUCCAGGAGGUGCAGCGGCUCAAGCGGCAGAUCUUCGAGACCAAGUCGUGUCUGAAAAACAAGAUCAAGGAGAACAUCGACGUGCCGCUGGUCAUCUGCGGGAACAAGGGCGACCGAGAGUUUUACCGGGAGGUGCAGCAGGAGGAGAUCGAGCAGCUGGUGGCCGGGGACGAGAAGUGCGCGUACUUCGAGAUCUCCGCCAAGCGCAACGAGAACGUGGACAAGAUGUUUCAGACUCUGUUCACCUUGGCCAAGCUACCUCACGAAAUGAGCCCCGACCUCCACCGGAAAGUGUCCGUGCAGUACUGCGACAUGCUGCACAGAAAGUCCCUGAAAAACAAGAAGAUGAAGGACAUUGGGGAAGCGUACGGCGUGGUCACCCCGUGCGCCCGGAGACCCAGCGUGCACAGCGACCUGAUGUACAUCAAGGAGAAGGCGAUCGGAGGCGGUCAGGGCAAAGACAAAGAGAGAUGCGUGAUCAGCUAAACGGACCGCGGGGCGCGAACUCAACACAGAUCUUUGGAAAGGAGACUGAGCCCCAGUGCUUCAGCUUUGAGAGGCGACGUGCGCGGCCGGCUGUCGCUCAGGAGGUGCGGAGACGCCGAGCAGCCGCCGCCGCCGCCGCGCUCUGACGCAGCGCCGUGUCCAAAGGACACUGACUGGACACACGAGUCCGCUCAAAGCGCCAAACAAAAAGAAAAAAAAAAAAACAACACAAAACUAAAACAUUGCCCACGAGACAUGUGAGAAUGUCUGCUUGUCCUGUCAGUCAGAGCCAGAUGUGUGACGUGGCUUCAUAACUUUGUGAGACUCGUGUGUCGUUGACGUCAUGCCUUGAAGAGAGGUCGGAGGGGAGAGAAAAGAGACUCUCUGGAAUCAGGUGGAGGGAAAACAAUGUUGUUUACAUCGUAUCAUAGAUUCGAUAACGGCUCUGCCGCUACACUUGAAUGUUCUGUUGAACUCUUUUUCCAAUUGUGAAUGUAUAUUUAUUGUCGGUGUCAAUUUUUUGCAGAAAAGUCAAACAAAAUAUGAAAAAGUAAUAAUAAAAAAAACAUAAACUAAAAUAUA